GCGAGUGAUUGUAGCCGAGAAGAAAAAGGAGAGAGCAGAGAGAGGAGCUGAAGGAGGAGGACGACGUGACGGGAGGACUGUGAACAGGAGCUCUCAGGACUACGACACACACACAGAGGAGAAAGUGGAUCAUAUCUGAGGCACAUUUGGAGAUUCGUGCAGCGGGAGACGUGGUGCGGACUGUUACGCACGACAGCGUUUCCCUGCAGUAAAAUCAGCCGGACUUUUUUGGACAGGACGCGCACGGACGGCUUGCCUGCUCUUCCUCGUCACAAACAGAGGGUUUAUAGCGGGGAGGUUUACGGAGCAGCGGACUGAAGGCACAGAGGAGGAGUUGGGAUGUCCUGAGUCAGUCCUCCGGGCCCAGAGAGCGGUGUGCUGAUGGGACCUGCUGCGCCACCAUGAGCUUACAAGAUGGCGGCUGCAGCUACGCCAGCAGCGCCAACAUGGCCACCGCUAGUGGCAGCAUGCGGCGGCGCCUGGAGGACCAGGAGUUCUCCUUGCGCGUCUACCCAGGCGCCUUGGCUGAGGGGACCAUCUACUGCCCUGUCAGCGCCCGCAAGAACACCACAGCUGCUGAAGCCAUCGAGUGCCUCAUCGAGCGGUUGCGUCUGGAUCGUACCAAGUGUUACGUGUUGGCCGAGGUGAAGGAGUUUGGCGGGGAGGAAUGGAUCCUGAACCCUGGCGACUGCCCUGUUCAGCGGAUGAUGUUGUGGCCACGGAGCGCCUUGGAGAACCGCAGCGGCCUGGGCAGUGGCGAUGACUACCGCUUCCUCCUGCGGGAGAAGAACCUGGAUGGAUCUAUUCAUUAUGGCGGCAGCCUGCAGAUGUGGCUGCGGGUGACUGAGGAGCGUCGCCGCAUGGUGGAGCGGGGUUUCCUCCCCCAGCCUGCAGGGAGCGACCCUCCGUCCGACCUCUGCGCUCUCCCGGAGCUAGCAGAACGCACCAUUUUGGAAAGCCUGCGUGCACGUUUCCGCCAGGAGAAGAUCUACACUUACAUUGGGAGUAUUCUUAUUGUUGUUAACCCCUUUCAGUUCCUGCCGAUCUACAAUCCCAAAUAUGUCAAAUUGUACGACAACCACACGCUGGGGAAGCUGGAGCCCCAUAUUUAUGCUGUGGCAGAUGUGGCGUAUCACGCCAUGCUGCAGCGACGGAAGAACCAGUGCAUAGUGAUAUCUGGGGAGAGCGGGUCUGGGAAGACUCAGAGCACCAACUUCCUCAUUCAUCACCUGACUGCACUCAGCCAGAAGGGAUUCGCCAGCGGGGUGGAGCAGAUCAUCCUGGGAGCGGGGCCAGUGUUGGAGGCCUUUGGGAACGCUAAGACUGCCCACAACAACAACUCCAGCCGCUUCGGCAAGUUCAUUCAGGUCAACUACCAGGAGAGUGGCACCGUCAGAGGAGCGUAUGUGGAGAAGUACCUGCUGGAGAAAUCACGUCUGGUGUACCAGGAGCACAAUGAGAGGAACUACCAUGUUUUCUACUACCUGUUGGCCGGAGCCAGUGAAGAAGAGAGGAAGUCCUUCCAUCUGCUCAAACCUGAGGAAUACCACUACCUCAACCAGAUGACAAAGAAAUUGCACAAACUCCACUGGGACAAUUACUAUGAGAGCGAUCUGCAGGACUGCUUCACAGUGGAAGGAGAGGAUCUGAAACACGACUUUGAGCGGCUGCAGCUGGCUAUGGAGAUGGUCGGCUUCUUACCCACCACACGCAAACAGAUCUUCUCGCUGCUGUCAGCAAUCCUCCACCUGGGAAACAUUCGCUACAAGAAGAAGACCUACAGGGACGAUUCCAUCGACAUCUGCAACCCAGAGGUCCUGCCCAUCGUCUCAGAGCUGCUAGAGGUCAAAGAGGAGAUGCUGCUGGAAGCGCUGACGACCAGGAAGACUGUGACUGUUGGAGAGAGGCUUAUCGUACCCUACAAACUUGCUGAGGCUGGCACGGUGAGGGACUCUAUGGCCAAGUCGCUGUACAGCGCGCUGUUCGACUGGAUUGUGUUCAGGACCAACCAUGCCCUGCUGAACAACAAGGACCUGGAGGACAAUUCAAAGAUCCUGUCGAUAGGAGUCCUGGACAUCUUUGGUUUUGAGGAUUAUGAGAACAACAGUUUUGAACAGUUCUGCAUCAACUUCGCCAACGAACGGCUGCAGCACUACUUCAACCAACACAUCUUCAAAUUAGAACAGGAGGAGUACAGGGCAGAGGGCAUCACCUGGCACAACAUCGAAUACAUCGACAACAGCAGCUGCCUCAACCUCAUCAGCAAGAAACCCACAGCGCUGUUCCACCUGCUGGAUGAGGAGUGCAAUUUCCCCCAGGCUUCCAAUCAGACCUUGCUGGACAAGUUCAAGCGUCAGCAUGAAGGAAACAGCUACAUCGAGUUCCCUGCUGUCAUGGAGCCCGCCUUCAUCAUCAGACACUAUGCUGGUAAAGUCAAGUACGGAGUCAAGGACUUCAGGGAGAAAAACACUGACCACAUGCGUCCCGACAUUGUGGCUUUGCUCAAGAGCAGCAAGAACGCCUUCAUCUGCGGCCUGAUGGGAAUCGACCCCGUGGCGACCUUCCGCUGGGCCGUGCUACGAGCCUACUUCAGAGCCCUGGUGGCUUUCAGGGAGGCCGGCCGCAGACACACCCACAAAAAAACUGGUAAUGAUGCAGCAGUUCCCUGUAAUGUUGUCAAAACUGUCGACAGCUUUAGUUUCCUCCAUCAUCCGGUUCACCAAAGGAGCCUUGAGAUCCUUCAAAGAUGCAAAGAUGAGAAAUACAAUAUCACCAGGAAGAAUCCCCGGACACCUCUGUCAGAUCUUCAAGGCACCAACGCCCUGAAUGAGAAGGCCAGCUGGGAUGGCUACGGUGUCGGCUGCAAUGGUCGCAGCUCCAGGACCGGUCGUAUGUCCUCGACAGGAAGUCCCGCCCUGGAAGAAGACGGGAUUUUCAUCAACUCGACCAGCAGCAAGCUCCUGGAGAGAGCUCAGGGCAUCCUGCUGAGAAACAAAAACAUCAAAAGCAAGCCAACCCUUCCCAAGCACUUGUUGGACGUGAAGUCUCUGCGUUACCUGAGCAGCGUGACGCUCCACGACCGCAUCACCAAGUCUCUGCUUCACCUGCACAAGAAGAAGAAGCCGCCCAGCAUCAGCGCACAGUUCCAGGCAUCCCUCAAUAAGCUGAUGGAGACUCUUGACCAAUCAGAGCCGUACUUUGUGAAGUGUAUUCGCUCCAACGCUGAGAAGCUGCCGUUGCGUUUCAAUGACAGCCUGGUGCUCAGACAGCUCAGAUACACAGGUAUGCUGGAAACCGUCCGGAUCCGACAAUCAGGAUACAGCAUCAAGUACACCUUCCAGGACUUUGUGCGUCACUUUCAUGUGCUGCUGCCUCGAGGCACGAGUGCGACCAAGUCAGGCAUCAGGGAGUUUUUCAGACGGAUCCACCUGCCGCCUGCUGGGUAUCAAGUUGGCAACACGAUGGUGUUCCUGCGGGAGGCGGAGCGUCAGCGUCUUCAGACUCUCCUCCACCAGGAAGUGCUGCGGCGAAUUGUCAUGCUGCAGCGCCGCUUCAGGGCCGUCCUGGAGAGGAAGCACUUUGUCGAUAUGAGGAGAGCCGCCGCUGUCAUCCAGCGAUGGUGGCGAGGCUGCCUCCUCAAGCAGUCCACCAUGGACUCUGGUGAUGAGGAGGAGGCGGCGGUGUGCCUGCAGGCAGCCUGGAGGAGCUACAGGGAGCGCAGGAGGUUCCUGCAGAGGCGAGAUUCUGCCAUCGUCAUACAGAGGAGCUGGAGACAUUACUGUCGCCGCAGAUCUUUAGCCGCUCUAACCAUUCAGACAGCCUGGAGAGGGUUCACAGUGAGGAGCCGCUACUGUCGGACGUACAGGACGGUGACGCAACUGCAGGCGAUGGGCAGAGGACACCUGGCUCGACUCAGGUUCAGAGAAGUGAAGGAGCAGCAUGAAAGACAGCAGAGUCCACCACCAGAGAUGGAGGCAGGAACCAUGGAGGACCUCACCUCAUCAGGACAGGAAGGUUACAUCCAGGACGUCUCUGUAGACCUGUCUGAAGACUCUAAGCCUGUUCUGAUAGAUGUGGGAGAGACAGAAAGAGAGGAGGACUCAGAGCGAAGUCGGAGCGCGGACGAGACGAGCCACAGGAACCGCUCGAAACGAGAGAGCAGACGGAUGAGAGAGCUGGAGCAGGCUCAGUUCAGCUUAGAGCUUCUUAAGGUCCGAACCACCAGCGUGCAAGAAGACCCAGACAGCAGCACCUGCCAGCUGGAAGACCAUCACAGACUCUCACCCCGGGGAUCUCCAGCUAGUCACGGAAGUUUUGAGCUGCUCAGUGUUGAAGACAUGGAGACUGAAGGCUCUGGGGGAUUUGGUUCCCAGUCGACUGCACUUCAAGAAUACCCCCAAGCACUUGACAUCCACCUACAUGAGGGGCUGAGGGAUUCAAACUUUAAUGAGAAGCCUAUGAUUGAGCCGCUAAACAAGGCAGAAGGUCCGAGAGCAACAUUUUAUAUUGCUUCUGACCAAAGUCCAGCUCAUGAACCAAAAUUCGAAAGCCCCAGCAAAUCUUACAGAGAGAGAAAGGAGUCCACGUCACGAAGGCCUGUGGUGGUGUUGAUAAGUAUGCAGAAGGAGAGUCCAGUGGAUGAGGGGGAGCUGCUGGCAGCCCAAACCCUACAAGGAGCAUCUGAAACAGGAGCGGCAUCAACUGGUUCCCAAAUGACCCCUGUUGAGGCAGUAUCAGAGAUGGAACAGCCUCAUGCGAUUGCCACCCCGGCUGAGAGUGACAUAUGUAAAGUGGACAAGUCUCCUGGGGUCCCAUCUUCAACUGUCCACGUAUCAAGUCCAGAAUCAGGGAUUUGCUCCUCGGAGGUUGACAUCCAGAUCGUCCUGGAGCCAAAGUCCAGCAUUCCCACUGCCCUCCCCAGUCGGCAAGAGAAGAAGAAGGCGAACCGACCGGUGCAGCAGGCUCCCAGCCCGGUCCUGGACACCAAACCACCAAAGGCUCAGAAGAAGAGCUCAGGACAGACUGUGAUUGUGAACAUGGUGGAGAAAUCCCCCAACACUGUGUUCUCUCCGCCCAGACGCAAGCUGCCCUUCUCCAAGUCAGAUAAGGAUUUGGUGAACCAGGAAAGAUCUUUGGCCAUGUUUAGAGAUGACUCUAAAUCUGCUGGAUCCAGAAACAGAGAGCAGGUGGGCCGCCCCGGCCCCAAAAAGAAAGCGCGAAUGUCCCGGACGCGCUCUGACUUCCUAACCCGGUGUAACUCUGAGGGGGCGACCCAGUCGGAUGACGACGAUGAAUACUACAUCCCUGCCCACUCCCACACGCUGCCCCCCUCCCUGUCUCUCCCAAACACCCACCCCGAGGCUGACUGUCACAGCGACUCUGAGAUGCCUUCUCACAAAGAUCAGAAGAAGAUCCAUAAGACCAUGUCAUCGGGAGACCUGGGCAAAGUGGAGGUCCUCAGGAAAACCUCCAGCCAGGAUGGAAGCAGGAUGAAAGGAAGGAUACGAUUCUGGAGUAAGACAAAGCACGGCGAGAAGAAACUGUCGAGAGAGAAGCAGGCCAGCAGGAGCGAAGCUGGAGAGGCACAUGAAGGCCCCUCUUCUCCUCCUCACAGUCCAGAUUUGGAGGCAGCUUCCUCUCGGGGGGUCAGGGACAGUAAAGAGAACAAGGAGCCGUCUCCAAAGAUGAGGAGGCGUCGCAGCGUGAAGAUCAGCAGCAUCGCUCUGGAACCUGCCCAGUGGCAAAACGAUGCGCUGCACAUCCUCAGCUCGGCCCACGACUACCGAAGCAUGAAUGACUUCCUCAUGAAAAAGAUCACUGAGUUGGAGUCUGAAGAUGGUAAGAAAGACACCAUGGUGGACGUCGUCUUCAAGAAAGCACUGAGGGAGUUCAGGAUCAACAUCUUCAACUCGUACUCCACCGCUCUGGCUAUGGAUGAUGGGAAGAGUAUCCGCUACAAGGAUCUGUACGCCCUGUUCGAGCACAUCCUGGAGAAGACCAUGCGCCUGGAGCAGAGGGACUGGUGCGAAUCGCCGGUGAAGGUGUGGGUCAACACCUUCAAGGUCUUCCUGGACGAGUUCAUGACCGAGUAUAAGCCUAUGGAGGGGACGAUUGGCAGGGCUCCUAAACGUGAACGCAAGAAGUCCAGGAAGAAGGAAACUGACAUUGUGGAGGAACACAACGGCCACAUCUUCAAGUCGACACAGUACAGUAUCCCCACCUACUGCGAGUACUGCUCCUCGCUCAUCUGGAUGAUGGAUCGAGCCUGCGUCUGCAAACUGUGUCGCUACGCCUGUCACAGGAAGUGCUGCUCCAAGAUGACCACCAAGUGCAGUAAAAAGUAUGACCCGGAGCUGUCGUCGCGGCAGUUUGGCGUGGAGUUGUCCCGUCUGACCAGCGAGGAGCGAACGGUCCCGCAGCUGGUGGAGAAACUCAUCAACUACAUCGAGAUGCACGGCCUCUACACGGAGGGGAUCUACAGGAAGUCGGGCUCCACCAAUAAGAUCAAAGAACUGCGCCAGGGGCUGGACACAGAUGUGAACAGCGUAAACCUGGAUGACUACAACAUCCACGUCAUCGCCAGCGUUCUCAAACAGUGGCUCCGGGACCUGCCCAGCCCUCUGCUGACCUUUGAACUAUACGAGGAGUUCCUCAGGGCCAUGGGUCAGCCAGACAAGCGGGAGGUGAUCAGAGGGGUGUAUUCGGUUAUCGACCAGCUCAGCAGGACGCACCUCAGCGCGCUGGAGCGCCUCAUCUUCCAUCUGGUCAGGAUCGCCCUGCAGGAGGAGACUAACAGGAUGUCAGCCAAUGCCCUCGCCAUUGUGUUCGCUCCCUGCAUCCUUCGCUGCCCUGACACCAUCGACCCGCUGCAGAGUGUCCAAGACAUCAGCAAGACCACCGCGUGUGUGGAGCUGAUCAUCAAUGAGCAGAUGGGCAAGUACAAAGCUCGUCUGAAAGACAUCAGCAGUCUGGAGUUUGCAGAAAGCAAAGCUAAGAGCAGACUGACCCACAUCAGGAGGUCCAUGAAACCUGUACUAAUUGCGGUUAGGUUUAUGAGCAUAACCCGCACUGCCACCCCGCCUAACACAGCUAAACUUAAGAGCAAAGGCCGUGUUCGGCAAAGCAGCACCCACGUGACCUCGCCUCCUCUCAGCCCCAAAGCAGCCGCUGUGGUGGUGGAUGGAGAGGGCUCAGGAGGAGUAGGAGGAGGAGGGGGAGGAGGAGGAGGAGGAGAGGAUGCAGCAGAGGCUGGGCUGAACGAGCAGCAGCAGCUGGCGAUGCAGCAGGAGGAGCGAAUUCUCACAGAGCAGAUCGAAAGUCUGCAGAAAGAAAAGGAGGAGCUGACGUAUGAGAUGCUGAUCUUGGAGCCUCGGACGUCCGACGAUGAGACUCCUGAAUCUGAAGCAUCCAUCGGCACAGCGGACAGCUCUGAGAACAUCACCAUAGAGACGGAGGGAGCCACAUCAGACCCCUCUGAGCGAGGCACUUAUCGCGCCAGAAAGUCGGAGGCAAAGACCAGACGGGCUUUGCGCCGUCAGCCUGACUCCCAGGACUCCGCAGACUCCACCUCCACCAUUUCCUCCUCCUACCACCCCUCUUCCUCCCUCUCCUCCAAUGCCUCUGGCUCUCCAUCCCCUCACUACCGGUUCCGCUCCUCCUCCUCCGGGCCCCUGCUCACUUCCUGUGGUUUGGGGGCCCCGCUGGCUGAGGCAGAGGGAAGCCACGGUAAGACCCGUCACAGGCUCAGGCUCAGCCGCAGCUCCCCACGUGAGCCCUCAGGAAGCCACCGGAGGGAGUCGGACUUCAGCUCGGGGCCACAGCAGCUGGUUCUGUACGGCAGCAACGAGUUCAUGGUGUGAAGCCGAGGAGGGAAGGAACGCCAGCCGCCACCUGUUCGAGUGCAGGGUGGCGUACAGGAGGAGGAGGAGGGAGAGUCCGGGGUCAAAUGAGGCUGGUCACAGGGCGAGGAUUGUGCCCAGUGUCGCCUGCUGCCCCUCCUCGGCACCCACACCCCUCCUCCCCUGGAACAGUCAGAGCAGAGGGCUGUGAGAAUCAAAGAAGACUGGAACUAUGACACAGAGGGACAAAAUGACAGGUCAAAGAAAAAGAGGACUGAAGAAUGCUGGAGCAGAGUGAAGUGAAUAGUCGGCCAUGUUUGUUGACCCUCUGAUCUCAGUGCUGUUUGACCCCUGCUGGAGCACCAGGGGUCGGUCAGAGGAGAGAGUGAAGAAGGGAAGGACGGUUGGUGAGAGACAGAGGAAAAACCCACACAUGCAAAGCCAAAUCUUACAGAGCCCCAUCUUUAUUUUUUAGCAUGUGGGCAGGUGGAUAAAGCCACCCUGAAGAAAUGUAGCCAUACUGACUGAACUGGCGGACAUUUUGUCUGUAACCAGCGCCAAGCUAAGUCUGCUUUUCACGUUUACACAGGACACACCAGCCACGAGGCUGCAUGCUUCUCCAUCACACUUUUUCCUACAUCAGUUUGAAGAGACUGUACAGAAAUAUGUUACAUUAUUAUUAUUAUUAUUAUUAUUAAUUAUUAUUAUUAUUAUUGUUAUUCUGUUACAGAAGAAAAAUGUGUAAAUAGAAACUCCAGUGCUGCUCCUGGGUCAUUCAUUGUUGAUUAGUCUCUAUUUCCUGUUUUCAAUUUUGCAAACUGAAGUGUUCAGGUUCCACUUUUGUUUCUGUGCUGGUUUUGCUCGGUUUACUGUCCUUUGUUUUCUCUGAUUUAACGAUGAACAGAGCCAGCCUCGGGCGUCCUCGGGUUAUACACCUGAGAAAUAAUAGAAGGAAAAGCGUUUGAUCCGCGCCCACAGAGCUACACGUCUGGGGCCAGAUGCAUAAAACUCUGUGUAAAACUGUGUGUCCGCACAAAGACAGACAUAUACAUACACAUUAUUUUUCAUCAGAUCAACAAAGCUGUGCGUAUGCCUGAUUCUGUUUUAUAAAUCUCCAUCAUUGAGGCGCUGAGUGCACAUACACAGGCCUCAUUUCCACACCCACAGUUUGCCAUGAAAGGAUCUAAAAAUGACCUUCAACAUACAUUUGAAUAUCGAUACUUGUACCCGCCUCACCACUCAUAAGACCUGCAUAAAGAAAGUACAAUUUCCCAAACUGUGUCUUAUUGGAGAGGUUCUCUAGAGCAGUGGUUCCCAACUGAUACAGCCCCGAGGUCAUGAUUUGUCCUUAGUCAUUAGUUCAAGGUCCACUUAUUUUAAAAUAUUCAGCAUCAUACUUGAGUUGAGCUAGUUUGCUCUCUCUGUUAAAUAGCUGUCUGUUAGUGACUCACUCUGCAGCCGGAAACGGUACUUCAUUACAAAAACUUUGUGCCGGAAAAACACACUUCAGAAUAAAGUGUGUUUGUUAGGAACUUGACACAUUUGCGAGUCACUUGCGGUCCAUUGAGAAUGGACUCAUGACCCACCUUUGAGCCAUGUAAUUACACACAGCUGUGGAUAUUUGUAGUGUCUGUACCAAUAAUUAAUGACAAUUAAGCAAAUAUUGAAUUUGAGAAUCAUUGUGGUGAAAUUGCAAUCAUCAUUUUUAUUAAACGUCAGAAAAAUGACCAGUGAUUCAUUCAAAGCACUCAUCAGUCCCUUCAGUAUGUCGCAGGCUGUUCUUGUGACUGUUGCAGCUUGAAAUGCCUGAUUUCACGACAGCUUUUCUAAAUAAUUUAAAUCGCAGAGGUGAAAAUUUCAAAAAUAGUUGUGAUGCUGUCUCAGAUUCAGAGCUAUUAUUAUGAGCAUUCAGUGUUUCCCACAGAAGUAGAGUCUAUUUGUGAUGGCUGGGGAUGAAGGGCAGGAACACCUGAUCGCUGACCAUCAGCUGUUAAUGCAUCUUAUCGCUACUUGUCAUAUUUUACCUCUUGGGCAGAAGCCUCACAGCAACGGUUAACAUCACACACCAAGUCGUUCAGCUCACACAGAAACCAAAACGGCACAACUGCCACCAAACUUGUAAAUAACCAUUUGGUGACAUUAGCUGUGUGAUGCUAUCAGUUAGCGCUGUCACUGUAUAUGUGUGUGUGUGGACAAGGCGCAGCUCCUAAUAGAGUUUCACUUUUUUUUUUUCUUUUUUUUCUGUGACUAAGGGACCAAUGAAAUCUUGCUGACUAAUGACCUUUGUGGUCGACUAACGUUUGGUCGACUAUUAGAUGGCAGCCCUAGUUGAUUGUUAUGAUCCCAAAAUCCUUGAGGGACAACUUAUGAUGAAACAGACUUUAAAAAGUGCUUUAAAAAAAAUGAAUGAUUAUUUUUAGUUAUUCAAAAUGAACUUUAUAAAUGUGCCUGUGUAGCCUGCAAAAAUAAUAACACAAUCUAAAAUUUGCAAACAACCUAAAAACAGUGUUAUCCGUCUCUCAACUUACAUUUGACUGUGUCACCCGCCUCAUCUAAAGACUGGUGACAUUACUGUCACACAUUCUUCAUCAGUUUGUGUGUGUGAAAAGGCGUACACACGUUUUUUGUGCGUACACAUUGUUUAUGCAUCUGGCCCCUGGUGUCACGUUUACUUUACCUGAGGUGUCAAUCAGCCAUAAGUGUAUUGUCUCUGUCUCUCCCUCUUGUUUUCUAUCUGUUUUUGUUCAGAAACAUCAGUGUUACUAUGUCAGGACUUGAAUUUUUUUUUUACAUAUAUAUAUAGAUAUUAUUGCUGUAUUAUAGGUGUUGUUAUUGAUAUCGAAGAUGUCAUGUUUUUGUUUUCAAUAUUGUUUCAUGGUUCAUUUUUGUUUAGAUGAAAGCCAUUUUUUCUUUCCUGACUCUGUGUGUGUGUGUGUGUGUGUGUGUGUGUGUGUGUGUGUGUGUGUGUGUGUGUGUGUGUGUGUGUGUGUGCGCGCGCGCGCGCGCGUUUGUGCAUGGUUGAAUGAGUGAGUGAAUCAUUCCUGCCACUGUAUCAGCUCCCACCUGUGUGGUCUUGGCUACACACACAUACACUAGUGUUUCCCCCCUCCAAAAAAAUGUUCUUUUCAUAAAGGUGGAAAAAAAAGUCUCUGCAAUCAUCAAGUGACACUAAAACUAACUCGGACAUAUGAUGUGUUCAAUUCCUCUGAGUUUCAUUGCACCUGUGGGGAAACUCUUGCACUCACACACACUCUCAAACCGUCCACAACGUCCUCUGAGCCAUCCAGUGUACUCUCUUCUUCUUCUUCUCUUUUACCAAAACAGUAGCUCUUCCAUCCUCUUCUCUCCCGGCUCUGGCUGUGAAAAGUAGCAUUUAACCUUCCUGUUAACCAGACGAGAACAAGUAGCAACUAACUCAGACCGUCCACGUGUUUCUGCAUAUUCUUACUCUCUUUCUGUCUCUGUCCAUACAGUAUCGAAACCGUCAGUGUGAUAUUCAGUUUUAUGGCCCUAACUCAGCUUAACAGCGAUGAUGUCUCCGUAUUUAAGCUGCACUAUGUCCCUCCCUGCUUGCUGCGUCUGUGCGAUCAGAUGCUUUCGAGCACCCUUUGCUCCGAUCUCACCAACACAAUCAGUGUUAAUCAAGUUUUCCUUGAAGCUGGAAGUCUCACUGAAGACUGUGCUGAUCUCAGUUUUAAUGCAGUUGUGGAGACUCGCAGUGUGUUGUCUUUUUACAACAUAAACUGUAGACCUGUUUAGGGAAAAAAAAAAGUUUCAGAGGGGACAAAACUGAUUCCCGAUCAAAUAUCUUGAAGCUGAUAUUUGAUGGGAUGGUCUGUGUACAUGUCCAGGCUGUCAAUAUGGCGAAAAAAGACAAAAAAAAAAAAAAAAAAAAGUGAAUGUACCUGUCACUGGAAGGCAUGCUCUGCUUUCUCUGGUUGUUUUUGUUCCUCUUUUAUACACAGUGUAUGUACUAUUUAUGAUCAUGCUUUUGGGGUGUACAUUGGUUUAAAAGAAUCUGUUAUAAAAGGUGUUAUAAGAGGAUAUAUUAUCCUGUGUACGGUUCAUUAUCUACUAUUAACCAUGGCGACAUUUUAGCAGGCCACACUCGGUCUGUCAUGUUUGUGCUACAAAGCGAGAAAAAAAAAGAAGCGCUGUGUCUCUUUGUCUGCGCCACUCUGGACACGGUUACGUAUAAGGUGCAAUUUGUGUUAUAUUUCUUUUUUUUUUUAAUGAACAUGUUUAUGGUUGUAAGAAAAAAAGACUUUAUGGGGGAAAUUCAUCUGCUUAUUAAAAAAGCAAAACUGCAGCCAAACACAAAUGAGUUGAGUUG